GAGUUAGUAUUUUGACUGAUAUUUAUGCUAGUAUCAAGAUUAAGAUUGGGGGUUGGCUGUAAACUGGUUCUAAAGUUAGUAUCAGGCUUUAGACUGAAGUUAAUGUUAGUAUUGCAAUUAAGAUUGAUCCAACAUUUGAUCCCCCACCCCUGUGUCUUAUCUAUGACCCCCCACCAUUACCGUCUUUAGUGUCUUCACCUUUAGAUCUCGCGCCCAGACCCAAUCAGCCCCCUACCCUUGGUAAAGCUCCCGCAUGCACGCUCGCCCCUCCCCCGCCGUUCCGCGCGCUACUUAAACUCCAGCGCGAGUUACAGCGCUGCUGUGAGCGCGAGCUGCCUGUGGCUGAAUCUACUGCAUUAAAGUCGGACCAGCGCGCGCCCUUCUUCUGCACGAGUCUGCGAUAACCCGGAUUAAAGGGAUCUUUAGACAUCGUCUUCCUGCUUCUCUACUUCAUCAUCAUCUUCAUUAUCCUCAUCUUCCUCAGAAUGCUCUCUGCGCUGCUGCUGCUCGUGUGGAGCUGGAGCGUGCAGCCGGUGUCGGGGGCGCGCGGUGCGGCGGAGAGCCCGUUUCCCGCUGCUGCGGCGGAGCGGCGCGCGGUGCAGCGGGAGAUCCUCGCGCUGCUCGGGCUGCCUCACCGCCCGCGGCCGCCCUCCCCGCUAAAGCGCACAGCCGCCCCGCUCUACAUGCUGGACCUGUACCGCGCGGUACUCGCGGACGGAACCGAGCCGCGCGCGCCCCUCCCGCCCACCGAGCACGAGGAGGAGCGGCUGCUGAGCGACGCGGACAUGGUGAUGAGCUUCGCCAACCUGGUGGAUCCUGAGGAAGACCCUAAUGUGUUUCAUCAGUACCACCGCUUCGACCUGUCCCGCAUCCCGGACGGGGAAACGGUAACGGCUGCAGAGUUCCGCGUCUACAAGGAGUUUGUGCACGAGCGUUACGAAAACGAGACGUUCCACGUCAGUGUGUAUCAGGUGCUGCGCGAGCAGGACGGAAGGGAAUCGGAUCUGUUCCUGCUGGACUCUCGGGUAGUGUGGGCAGCUGAAGAAGGAUGGCUGGUGUUUGACCUCACGGCCACCAGCAACCACUGGCUGCUGCACCCGAGUCAAAACCUGGGGCUGCUGCUGGCUCUGGAGAGCGUAGAAGGCGAGCGCAUAAACCCCAGGGCGGCAGGGCUGGUGGGCAGCAGAGGACCUCAGAACAAGCGGCCAUUCAUCAUAGCGUUCUUUAAAGCUACCGGAGUGCGUCUCCGCAGUGUCCGCUCGGCCCCAGGACACAAGAGGAACCAGAACCGGUCCAAAGCCCCGAAACAUGCGGCUCCGUCCACCCAGGAGGCCCUGAAACUGGCCGAGGCUGCAGAGAAUGUCAGCGUGGAUCCAAAACAGGGCUGCAAGAAACAUGAGCUGUACGUUAGCUUUCGGGACCUGGGGUGGCAGGACUGGAUUAUAGCUCCAGAAGGCUACGCUGCGUAUUACUGUGAGGGAGAGUGUGCGUUCCCUUUAAACUCCUACAUGAACGCCACCAACCACGCCAUCGUUCAGACUCUGGUGCACUUUAUAAACCCGGACUCCGUCCCGAGGCCGUGCUGCGCCCCCACCCAGCUCCACGGCAUCUCCGUACUUUACUUCGACGACAGCUCCAACGUCAUCCUAAAGAAGUACCGCAACAUGGUGGUCAGAGCCUGCGGAUGCCACUGACCAUGUAUUCCACUGGUCAUUGACUGAGAGAGAACAAUGAAGAAAGCCAGUCAGUUGUUCAUCCAGGAGCCACGUGUUUUAAUGGGACUCGUUAACUGGGGCAAUGCUGGCAUCUGUGCUACUGCCACUUGUUCAAAAAACUAAAUGCACCUGUGCCACACAGAACCACAGUGGAAAUAUGGUGGAAAUAGGGCACCCAAAGUGGAAAAUAGUGGGAGGCACAUUGAAACGGCAUGUUUCAAUCCACGAGCACAGUGAAGCAUGAAGAGAUGGGGCAAUAAAGGCUCACUUAUGGAUUGGAAUUGGGUUAAAGUGAUUGUUAAAGUUUGGUAAAUCAAAUAAGUCAAAGUUCAAAUUGUGCUUUUUGGCUCUAAGGCUAAAGCAGUGAGUAAACUUAUAAACACCUGUUAGUACUGAACACCCAAAUAAAUCUUCACACAUAUUGUUUAUAGAAACAUCAAAAAGACCUGUUUAUACGGUCUAUUGCACUGUUAAGUAUAAAAACUAAACAAAGUAUGGAGACUUAGGUCAACCAUAAAAAACCAUCAGGACCUUCUCUAGGCCUUUAAAAAUGUCAGAUUAUUUUGGGAAUUUAAAAAAGAAAAUCUGCAUUUUUUUUAUUUAAUAGUGUUAUCAGGCUUGUUGUUCUUGUAAAACCAAAUAUUUCAAAGACAAAAUUCACAAAAUGGAAGUGAAAUAAGAAAAAAAAGAUCUUAGAUGUGCUUUUUUCUACACUUCAUGCUGUUCUUUCUUAGAAAAGCUUUUGUGAAUCCGUCCCCUGGAGUAUUUGAUGAACUACAGACAUAACUAGAAAGUAAUGGAGGAAUCAACCAACCCUUUGUAGCUUCGUAGAUCAGGUUUUGAUUUACAGUUAGUAAUAGCUUCACAAGAAACAUCAGUCCAGGUCUGCUGGAAGCCCCUGUGUAUGCCACUGACUGUGAAUAUGAGAGUAGUACGUCCAGGUUUCAGUCAGGUUGCUGGUAAUGGAGGACAGUGACAAAAGUUCAGUGCAAAAAUUCUUUACUGCAAUAACGUGAAAAUAAUGCAAAGGAAAAUAUAUGUAAAAGUCUAUUGUAAAUUUCAAAUAAAACUUAUUGAAUGUG